GCAAUUGCAAAUGCUGAAACUUGAAGACACCCUACCGCCCCUAUCGAACACUGCCCCUUUGUUUACAUUCACAUCCGCGGUCGGAGCGGUUUUCAUCGCCUUGGCUUUGGCUGAUUUUACCCAAUUCUCCCAGGCAAUCCCUAUGCUCCCGUGUUCCUGUUAUUAGACAUGCUACCCUAGUAUCUAUCGGUUAUUGUCUCAAUUUAAGAGGCGUUGGCAUUCAGGAGUAUGUAAAUUCUGUGGCAUGGAAAUAAAAAAGACAAGUCUGAUGAUUUGAAUGUUGGUCAUUCCAUUCACUGAAAACUUCCUUGACAAAAAGAGGUUUACUGUCCAUUGUGGAGAAUGUUCAGCUUUCUGCAAUUUCGUCAAGUGCUCAGGGAGAUUCCAAAGGAGUUGUUGUUGGUGACAGUGUAGCUUGGGAGCCUAAGCUCCAUAUUGAUUAUGUAUUGUUGAUUGUUUCCACACACUGGCAACUCGUUGGACUGGCUGAUGGCUUUUUGUAAUGAAGAAGAGAAAACUGAGGAUUACCUUUUCAAGAUUGUUUUGAUUGGUGAUUCAGCUGUUGGGAAAUCAAAUUUGCUUGCCAGAUUUGCCAGGGAUGAGUUUUAUUCUAACUCAAAAUCGACCAUAGGAGUAGAGUUCCAAACUCAGAAGAUGGAUAUCAAUGGAAAGGAAAUUAAAGCUCAAAUUUGGGACACAGCUGGGCAGGAGAGGUUCAGAGCUGUUACAUCUGCCUACUAUAGGGGUGCAGUUGGAGCUCUUCUGGUGUAUGAUAUUAGCAGGCGCCAAACAUUUGACAGCAUUGGUAGAUGGCUUAAUGAACUUCACACUCAUUCUGAUAUGAAUGUUGUCACGAUACUUGUUGGGAACAAGUCAGAUCUCAAGGAGGCCAGGGAGGUGUCUACUGCUGAAGGCAAGGCCUUGGCUGAGGCGGAGGGUUUGUUCUUCAUGGAGACAUCAGCCCUUGAUUCAUUAAAUGUAGCUGCUGCUUUCCAGACAGUUGUGAAGGAGAUCUACAACAUUUUAAGUCGAAAGGUUAUGAAAUCUCAAGAGCUGCAGAAACAAGAUGCUGCCGUUAUUGGGAAUGGAAAGACUCUUGUUCUGCAAGGGGAAGAGAACUCAGAAGUAGUUGUGGAGUCGAAGAAGGGUUGUUGUUCGUCCUAACGUUUGCAUUGGAGGUUCAAGUCAAGACUCCACUUGGCUCUUCCUUACCCCCUUUUUUAGUUAAUAUGACUAUUCAAUGAACGAUGAAUAUGCAAUUUUAGUUAUUAGCACUGAAGACUGAGAGGAGUAGAAAUUGUAAAUGGCGUGAAGAACAGUUACAGAAAUGACAGGUCUUGAGGUAAUUUGAUUUUUUUUUCCCCAGAAACAAAAGAUGAAUCCGAUGUUUGACAACAUUCUUUUA